AUGCCUAAUCCUAGCGAUAUGCAAUUGGAAAACUUCAAGAAGGGCCAGCCGAAACCAAAUGUGCUGACAACGUCCAACGGUGUUCCGAUUGCCAACAAAACUAAUGUACUCACUGCUGGACCCAGGGGACCAUUGCUAAUGCAAGAUGUUAUAUACAUGGACGAAAUGGCACAUUUUGAUCGCGAAAGGAUCCCCGAAAGAGUGGUCCACGCCAAAGGAGGAGGAGCUCAUGGCAUAUUCGAGGUUACUCACGAUAUCACAAAGUACUGCAAAGCGGACAUCUUCAGUAAAAUCGGCAAGCAAACACCGUGUUUCGUCCGUUUUUCGACUGUU